AUGUCAGAAGGAAAUCUCACCACAAUUACUGAAUUUGUUUUGCUUGGAUUCACAGAUAACCAGAGUCUGCAGCUUACUCUCUUCAUGUUGUUCUUACUGAUUUACUUGUUGAUCCUGGUGGGGAAUAUUGGCAUGGUAACAUUAAUCAGGAUUGACUCCCGCCUCCAUACUCCCAUGUAUUUUUUCCUCAGCAACCUGUCACUCUUGGAUAUUGGUUACUCCACUGUCAUUGCUCCCAGGACACUGAUGACCUUCGUAGCAGAAAGCAAAACCAUUUCCUUCACUGGCUGUGCCCUGCAGUUUUUCUUCUUCUGCAUUGCUGUAUCCUGUGAGUGCUGCCUGCUGGGUGUGAUGGCAUACGACCGCUUCAUUGCAAUCUGCAACCCACUGCUGUAUACUGCUAUUAUGUCCAGAAAGCUCUGUAAACUGCUUGUGGCUGGUUCCUAUCUGACAGGUUGUGUGAAUGCAGUGGUCCAGACUUCCAUUAUAUUUAAUUUGUCCUUCUGUAGAUCCAACAUCAUCAACCACUUCUUCUGUGAUGUGCCCCCUAUCCUAAAGCUGUCCUGCUCAGACACAGCAGUCAUUGAUAUUAUUCAUUUCAUCUUCUCAACAGCAAUUGUAUUGCUAACUAUAUUGGCCAUUUCUGUCUCUUACGCAUACGUACUUAUUGCCAUCCUUCGGAUCAACUCAGCUGAGGGCAGACAGAAAGCCUUCUCCACCUGUGCCUCCCACCUUACGGCUGUCACCAUAUUCUAUGCAACAGGAGCUUUCAUGUAUGUCCGGCCCAAUUCAAAAUAUUCCGUAGAGCAGGACAAAAUCAUCUCUGUCUUUUACACUCUUGCAAUACCUAUGCUGAAUCCACUCAUCUAUAGUCUGAGAAACAAGGAGGUAAAAGAGGCUUUCAAAAGGCUGGUUGGAGGAAAGGUGGACUCUCAGAGAUAUUAA